UGGGCCUCGGGCGAUAUGUGUCCCUCGUCGCGUCACCAGGCGCCCGAUGUACUCGCAAUCGACCUGUGUGGAACAUCGACGGCCAUGGCGCUUGUCGCUCUCCCCAACCUCACCCCAUCAAGGCGAUAUAGGUCCUCCUUCCUCCCUCCCACCACCAUGUCUUCCUCCUUCUCCAAGACUACCGGAAUGCCCGCCGCCUUCCCCUAUCGGAGCAAGAAUCUCCCUCCUGCCCCCCUUCGGACCGUCGUCAGAUCGUCCGCCAAGAUCGUCCGCUGCCCGCCACUGGACCGCCACGCCGCCAAGCACAGCCGGCUCCGCUUCGCCCGCAAGUUGAAGACGCUUCUCCUCUCCAAGCCCCGCCACUUCCUCCCCCUUCGCGUCCUCUCCCGCUGCCGCCCCUACCUUGGCCUCCCCCCCUCCCGCUCCCUCCUGUCCAUGGUCCUCCGCUACCCCGCCCUUUUCCGCCUCCUCCGCUCCCCCUUCCCCGCUUCCCUCCUCUCCGUUGCCCUCACCCCCGCCGCCGAGGCCCUCGCUGCCCGCGAGUCCCACGUCCGCUCCCGCCUCGACUCCGCCCUCGCCUCCAAGCUCCAUUGCCUCCUCAUGCUCGCUCCUCACCGCUCCCUCCUCCUCUCCAAACUUGUGCACCUCGCCCCCGACCUCGGCCUGCCCCCAAACUUUCGCUCCCGCCUCUGUAACUCCCACCCCGACCGCUUCCGCACUGCCGAUACCUCCUAUGGCCGCGCUCUCCAACUCGUUGCCUGGGACCCCGCCCUCGCCGUCCCCUUCCCUUCGUUCCGUCCGCCUCCCUCCGAGGACGACGACCGCCGUCCCAUCAUCGAUCGCCCCCCGCGCUUCAAACACCUCCCGCUCCGCCGCGGGCUUCACCUCAAACGUCGCCACCGCGACUACCUCAUUCGCCUGCGAGAGCUGCCGGAUGUCUCUCCAUAUGCUGUUGCGGGAGAUGAACAAGAACUAGGGCGAAGGAUGUCGGCGGAGGAGGCCGAAAAGAGGGCGUGUGCGGUGGUCCGGGAGGUGCUGGGGAUGACGGUGGAGAAGCGGACCCUGGUGGACCACUUGACGCACUUUAGGAAGGACUUCGGGCUGCCCAACCGGCUUAGGGCAAUGCUGGUGCGCCAUCCGGAGAUGUUCUACGUGAGCGUGAAGGGGGUGCGCCACUCUGUGUUCUUGGUGGAGGCAUACGAUGACAAGGGGAAGCUGUUGGUGGAGGACGAGCUGCUGGCAGAGAAGGAGAGGUUGAUGGAAUUGGUCAGGGAGGGGAAGCGGAUGAGGAGGGAGAGGAGAAGAGAUGUUGGAUACGGCGCUGAUGAUGGUGAUGAUGAUGAAGAGGAGGACGAAGACAUCAAUGAACUUGAUGAGGAUGAUGAUUUUGCAAACCUGUUUGAGGCUGGCAUUGGAGACGACUGGGAGGAGAUCAGCAAUUGGGCUGGUGAUGAUCUUGUGGAGGAUGAGGUUGAAGAGUUUUGGGUAAAGAAAGCUGCUGCCAUGGGCAUUGUUGAAGGUAGUGGGGGAUUGGAAGCCUGGUGAAUAGGAGCCUGUAGCAAUCUGGAUUGGUUACAAAGAGAGAGCCUCUCGAUUGAUGAUUUUGUCCAUAUUCAAUAGCUUUAUAGAUACACUGUGCAAGUAUGGCUACUCUUUAAUAUUUUCUCGGUGAGAUUUUGGGACCGCCAAAUGAAAAGUUUUGUUCAACUUGAAAAUCAAAUGUGUCUCACAAGCAGAAAAGAUCAGACAGGUUUUUCAUGGACAGGUUUCGUUUUAUUUGUUGAUCUCUGAUCUACCAGCGUAAUGUGUUAUCCUCCCAUAUAGAAGCGAUGUCACCUGUAUUCACAGAAAAGACAAGAGCAGAUAGCCCCAGGGGCAGCAGCGAUUUUCAAUUAAACUCUAGUGCGGAAUUAGUUCAAAAGGAGAAGAAAUGCCUUCACACCAAGUAAUUUGCACAUGCCAUUCUAAGUUUUGUGCAUCUUCUUGUCCUGCUCAGUAGAAUAAUCCUCAGGUAAAUUUAGUUUAAUAGACCAUGAUCAUUAUGUAAUUAAUAACUUGAACCUUCGUGACAACCCUGCAGAUGAAAAGCGCAAGGAGAAUAAAAAAAAUCAGUGUGUCCAUAUGCAGAUCUGAUCCUUGAUCGAUGUGUCGAGUGACAAACGAUGUGAUGUGGCGUGAUGCUGGAGUAUCCUUGUGUUAGACCCUUACCAUCUACCCUCAUUAUGUUUUGACAUGCUUGGCUCGAUGGAUGACUUGGCCAUGUCAGGAUGGUGGGUAUCAUUACUUUCAUUUUGGUUUGUUAGGAGGUCACAGAUGGUUUAUGGUCGAUUCAGUUGUGUUGGAGGUUUGGGAUGUUUCAUGGCCUAAUUCGAUUGCAUCAGAGAUAAGGGACAUUUUUAUUGUAUUAGAGAUAUAGCAUGCUUUAUGGUGACAAUUGAUCUUGGCCAUGCUGAAGAUGAGGGAUGUUUCUUGGUUAGAUUCAGUUGCAUCAGAGAUCAAGGACACUUCAUAGUAGGAUUCGAUUGCGACAAAGACGAAGAAACACUAUAUGGCGGGAUUUGAUUGCAUUGAAAAUGAGGAACUCUUUGUGACUAGACUUGACCAUUUCGGAGAAAAUAGAUAUUUUAUGGUCAAAUUUGAUUGUAUUAAAGGCGAGGGAUGUUGGAUUUAACAUUGUUAGAGACAAAGACGAAGGAAUGCUUUAUCACUUAAUUUGGUGAGAAAUUUUUGUGAUAAAUAUGAAUUCAUUGGAAUUAAGGGAUGUUUCUGGUUAGAAAAUCAAUCAUAUCGGGGAUGAGGGAUUCUUGAUCGUUGGAUUAGGUUGUGUAAGACGUGAG